AUGUUCGCUGUGAUAAUACUAGGAUGGGUAUCAUUUUUCCUAAUUUACGGAGCCUUCAAAGGAUCAAAAAUGUGUCUAAUUCCAUUUGUAAUUCUUCAGCUAGUAUUCUUAGUGUACGAUCUCAUACUCAUUAUACUGUUCAUUAUCGCAAUAUUUAUUCCGCACAUUUUUAUUUCAACAAUCAUCAGAAUGCCACUUGAUGAAUUGUAUAUAGCUACGGAUUAUUCACUGAUGACUUGCUGCUUCAUGAUGGUUCUCCUUGUGGGCCCCCUAUUAUGGUCAACUCAUGUGGUUUACAUUGACUUUUUAUUUAUAUCGCAACUUGACGAAACCUUAAAUCUAAUGAAAGAAGUGCAUCAAAAAGUUUCGCAAGAUGAAAUAUCCCCAAAUCGUAUGAUAUUUUGA